AUGGAUCGUCAACUAAGCUACAGUUGGUUCUUGUGCCUUGUGCUUUCCUUUGCUGCAACUGAAGAGAAAACGAUUCGAUGCGCUCAGGGCUUCGCUGCCUUGGGCGACAAGUGCUAUUUGGUGUCCCUGGAGAAGGCAUCCUGGCAAGAUGCGCUACGUAGAUGCCACGCCUUGAAUGCCAAUAUGUUGGUGUUCGACAAUGUGAUAGAGGCCGAUUAUCUAAAGAGCUAUUUAAAUCGCCUGGGACUGCGGACAGAUGAUUAUGUUCAGGCGCUAUGGACUAGUCUCAAUGAUGUUGAACGAGUUGGCAGCUUUAUCAUCGAGCGUACAUCCAAGCCAAUGCCAUUCAACAACUGGGAAGUUGGACAACCCCAGCUUGACGGCACCGAAGAUUGCGUGGCCAUCUACGGCUCCACGCUGCGUUAUCAUGACUACGCGUGUAGCAACAAGUACGUCUACGUGUGCACAACUCCUUUAAGUUAA